GUUCUUUGGCGAUUGGAAGGCAAGAAGCCAGACACCUUGGGCUCCAACACUCGGCUGUACAAAUGGAUCCCCCAGAAUGACCUUCUUGGUUAUCCGAAAACCAGAGCUUUUAUAACUCAUGGUGGCACCAAUGGCAUCUAUGAGGUGAUCUACCAUGGGAUCCCUGUGGUUGGAAUUCCUUUGUUUGCAGACCAAUUUGAUAAUGUUGUUCACAUAAAGACCAAAGGAGCAGGUGUUAGACUGGACUUUCUCACAGUGUCCAGUACAGAUUUGCUCAAUACAGUAAAGACAGUCACCACUGACCCUUUCUAUAAGGAGAAUGCCAUGCGGCUAUCAAGAAUUCACCAUGAUCAGCCAGUGAAGCCCCUGGACAGAGCUGUCUUCUGGGUUGAGUAUGUCAUGCGCAAUAAAGGAGCCAAGCACCUUCGUGUGGCAGCACAUGACCUCACCUGGUUCCAGUGCCACUCUCUGGAUGUGCUUGCAUUCCUACUUGCCUGUGUGGUGACUGUGAUCUUCAUCAUCACAAAGUGCUGUCUCUUUUGUUGUCAGAAGUUUGUUAAAGGUGGAAAGAAGAAGAAAAGGGAGUAA